GCGCAAUUUUUCGGCAGUUUUGUUCUAAAUUGUGCAGCCAACAUUUAUUUAACAAACAUUAGUGACAAGCUAUUGGAAUUCUGUGACUCGUUGUGUUAAGUAUCAUUUUGAUACUUGAUCAAAUCUUGAAUUGACAUUUUGCUAAAAUAAAAGAAUUUUGUUUAUUAAUCUUUAUUGGUACUUUGAAACUUUUAUCAAGACUAGAUCAGUUCUACAUGAAUCGAAGGAUUAAUAUCUAGAACACUCUGUAUAUGACAGAGAAAGAGAUAAAUUAUCAUAACUAGGUUUACUCGAAUGAGCUGACACAAUGCCAUUGCCCUAUGUCUCAAGGAUAAACCAGAUUGACUCAGCUGAGCUGGACAUUGAAAUAUACAAAUUAUUGAAGAAUGAAGUUAAUCAGAUUGCCAGAUACAAUGCACCAGGCAAGUUUGACAAAUGGCAGGCAGAAAUUGACGCAAUACUGAAGAUUCUAAUAUGGAAAUUCUCUUUGCAACAAAGUAACUCUACAUUUGGCCAACGCCUGCUUAAUCUGCAUUAUAUCAACCUCAGUCAGAAGAAGGCCAUACUUUACCUGCUUCUAACUGUUUUACCACAAUAUAUAAAGGACAAGUUAGCCAAUGAAAAUCUCUCGGCUCAUGGUGACAACAUCCAUAGAUUGAAGUCACUCGUUGAUAGAAUUUCAAAUGUGAUUAGUCUUCUGCAACUCAUCAACUUGUUCUUCUUCCUCCAUCGAGGCAUACAGUCGCGUCUGAUAGAGCUUCUCCUAGGUCUGUCCACUCAGUCGAUAACGACAAACAAACCUCGAAACAUUGGUUACUCUUAUAUGACGAGGGAGCUGCUCUGGCACAGUCUGAUGGAACUAUUCACCAUCGGUUUACCUAUGAUAAACUUCCACUACUUGAAACAUUUGCUGCGAAAGCUGUGGCGACGUAGAACGAUACAACAGAGAGAUAUAAAGUUGUUGCCAGUAAUGGACGUAUCAACCAAGUGUGCCUACUGCGAGGAAAAUCCAAUUCUACCGUCACACGCCGGCUGCGAGCACAUCUUCUGCUACUACUGCUUAAAGGCACAUUUCACUGCGAUGAACACGUUCCACUGUCCCAAAUGUGACGUCGAACUCUACACCGGGGAUAUGAAGAGAUAUAUGGUCGCAACGAGUACUAGCAACGACACGGUGUUAAGUCUCAAAGGACCGACAUAGUGCAGUUCUACCGACGCAAUCGUAUGUAACAUUCUUAAUUUUCAAUAAUACCAAAAACUUGAUAGUGAAAAUAACGUGAUCUACAGUAGUGAGCGGAUUCUUAAUUUAUAUAAUCUAUGAUUUCGCCAAAUAGUAUCUCUCUACGAUAAGCGAAAGAUUCAUUAUUACGUAAGAGUUAAAAUUAUAUAUCUUCGAAAAGAAGAGAUUUGUCUGUUCAGUGGUCAUAUCAAUUUAUCGCAACAUACAAAGCAAAGGUAUGACAUCGUACGAUAUGUCGCGUGUAUGUUUAUAUUUUUUAUUAAAAAUAGCAAUACAAAAUCUCUUCUUUAUUCAUUUCAAUACAUCUUCCCGACUUCGGGUGCUGGACAUUCUAGCGCUUUCUUCCUCGCAACAAACAGUAAUAAUAAUAUUAAUAAUAAUAAUAA